UCUCUCAAACAAAUCUCCAUUUUUCAAUUCCUAUCAAGCAGUUCCUAAAGCCAUUGACCUUUUCUUGAAUCUGAAUUCAAGUUCACAAGAAAUUAAGAAAUAAGAAUAAUGAGACACCAGCAACAACUGGAAGCUGAAGAAGAUUACCAAUCAAGGGUUCUAUACGAGCUAUGUUCCAUGAUCCAUCGCACUCUCAAGUUCCCGUAUCAUCCAUAUCCAUUUCCUUCUUCUUCCUCGUCCUCCUCUUCCUCCUCGAGCCAGCCAUGGUGGACAAUGUUGUCGUGGGCCGCCGUGAGUUCCUCGCAGAAUUCUCCGGCGGCUUUCGCAUCCAUGUUUCUGGGCAUAUCACUUACACUGAUGCUAUUCGGGUCGGCCACAUUCCUAGUAGGGUUCAUCAUGUUACCAUGGGUUACUCUCUUGGUUGUCAUUUUCUGUGUAGCCUCAUUGGUUUCCAACUUAUCCAAGCUCUUGAAUCGUCUCAUUCUUGGAUCCACUACUUUCCACAAUAACGACUUCACAUACAGAUGAGGCCAGGAAAUUUUUAAAGCUCUAGGAGGGAAGAAGAAUUCGCCUAGAAUUUUUGAGGUUAGAUUGGAGAUUACAAUACAUAGUUAUCUACCAUUUUGAAAAGUAAUUAAUGAAGCUGGUAACAUUGCUGAUGAGUUUGAUCAUGACUUUGCAUGAAAUAGAAUAAUAAACUAUCAGAUAUGUUCCCGUGGCAUGAAUUAUAGGUAUGUUUUGUGAGUGAAGGCUUUCGCAUUGAAAGAAAUCACAAACAAAUGACAUCUAUAUCUAUUUGUAAGUUCAUUAUAAUAAUUGACAAGUUGGUUUGAAUAUAUAUUUACCAUAAUGAUAAGUUGAAGAAACGGUUAAAUUCUUCUUUAUCCGAAAAAUAUAUUUUUUCAAUUUUUUAUUUGUCUCAUUUAAAAAAUAUAUAAUAAAAAAUCAUAGAUUAUAAAGAAAUUAAGAGAAUCCGUUUCAUCUUUAUCCAUAUAUUAUUAAAAGGGAAGUAGGUGUGAUGAUAAAUAUUGAUAAAUGGGUUUGUACAUUCUGAUGCGAGGUGUGGAAGUUUCUGUCUUUAUCUGUUAGCAGAGAACAGAGAUAAUGCACGAACUAGUGAUGGGCGUGUGGGUGUGGAUUACUGGUUUUGAAUUGUGGCUGGCUACAACAAUACAUGCACUUGCAAUUUUGAUGCUAGGUGUUGCGAUUAUGGGCAGCGCAUCGUUUACGAUGGACAUAGUAGAAUU